GUUGUAGAUCGUAGGGAUUCACGAUUGGAGCUGGUGCUGGCGGGCUGGAGAUCGCGUGAUAGGCGUGCAGUCGCAGUUGGUAGACUCGCUCAUCGAUCCUCUUCCGAACCAUUACUUUGCUUUACGCCACGCGCGGUGGAUUUCGACACCGCACGCGCCGCAUUUUCCUUCGUCACCAUCACGCCCGGUUGCUUGGUCCCGGUUCCGCAAAAUCGCUGUUGCUCCAGCCCGUCUGAAUUAUCCUUGUCUCUUUUCUUUCUUCUCUACACGCAUAAUCCACGGCGAUACCGAGUCUUGCACGGCUGCCGCCCACGCGACGUCGCGAUGCCUCCCAAGGACAAAGCUGCCCCGGAAGCAUCUUCUUCCCAGGAGAUCACCGGCCAGAGCGCUCUUCCGAUCUCGCGAAUCAAGAAAAUUAUCCAGCUCGAUGACGAUAUCGUGCAAUGUUCGAGCAACGCUACAUUUGUGAUCGCUAUGGCCACGGAACUAUUCAUUCAGUAUCUUACCGAACAAGGGCAUAACGUUGUCAAAUCAGAACGAAAGCCGCGCAAGCUCAUCCAAUACAAAGACCUGGCUACGGCCGUGUCGCGAAUCGACAACCUCGAGUUCCUCUCCGACGUGAUACCCAAGACCACGACCUAUAAACAGUUCAAGGAAAAACGGGCCAAGGAGACCUCCAAGGAAGCCGGGCCUGAGAAGGGCCAGCGCACGUUAAACGGCAACUUACCCGCGGCAGCCGAGGAUCAAGACGACACCGACACUCCGGAUGGUCUCCAGUCAACGGAGGAUAAGCCAUCACGGGGUUCUCGACCCCCGACGGUGACGAUGAUGGUGGAUCGCACAGUGGAUGCAUCUGCGGGAGACCAAGACGUCGAGAUGACGGACCAGUGACUUGGUCAGACAAACAAAUUGUGGAACUUAAUUGCAUGGAGGAGUUAUUGGGGGUUCAUUGCGUUUUCCUUCUACUGUUGGUAGUCAAUUGGAUGUCUCUGGGUCGAUCGCAUUGGGAAUCGGAUAUGGAUGGCAUGCAGUGCAGCGGAACGGAACGGCAGGGGACGAGGAGAAACCGGCACGACACGACACAUGGCGUCAUGAGUAUAUAUAUGUUGUCUAUGAAUAUGAAAUGGAUAAUUUCUUCUUGUGAAAAUGG